AUGGUGUCUCUUCGUAGUGGGAAACGAGUCGCAGAAGACGAUCAGAUAGACGCUAAAACCGCCGCACCAAAAACAAAGAAAGUCAAAACAUCGAACUUAAAAUCGUCAGAAUCAGCCAAAUCAAGCAACAAGGAGAUCAAGGCCACAAACAAGAAGGAAACUGUGUUGCAGCCAAUUAGUAAUCUGCAGAAAGCAAUCAAUUCUGUUAAAUCGGAGAGUAAUACACCAACAAAGGAAUCGGGGGUUGAGGAAGGUUCUGGGACAGGAGAAAGGCGUACCUCAAGCAAAGCUACGAAGCCGACGCCUCCAUCCAAGGCAAAACCCCAAGCGGAAAGCGAUAAGACGCCUAGCAAGCGAACGCCAUCAUCCGCGACGAAAGCUGAAGCGAAAACGGACAAGACACCUACCAAAACCGACAGAACCGUACAGUCGAAAUCAGAUAAGAAGGAAGCAUCGACGAAGAAGAAAGACAGCGAGCGACCAAGUACCCCACCUCCCGCAUGCGAAGUCAUCGAUGGUGUCGAGAAGACUCCAGGGCUUGUCGGCCCAAUCAGGCCGCAAGUUAUAGGAGCUGGCUCCGAUAUAAAAAUUGCGCCAUUCAAAGGUCCUAAAGGCAAUAAAGUGCGCAAGUCUUUUCAGGAAAAGGAAGACGAGUACGGGCAGGAGAUACUGAAAAGACCUGACCAUGCAUUUCAUGAACUCCAUGUGUGUUAUCAGAAGGGUCCAAAGGGGUCGCCCACAUACGACAAAGCUGGCUUCGAGCUCGAUUACAAGGAAGUUGCGAAAUGGAUGGCGCCGAAAGCGUAUGAUAAGUCGGCUAUGAUGAGGGCGAUGGAUAGGGCUAUUGAGAGUAGCGAGAAAAAGGAAGAAGCUAUGAAGAGGAUCUUCUUUGAGCCUGGGGCCGCGCCAGUGGAAGGCCCGGAGAGUUUUCGCGAUGUCGGGUUUUGGGUUGAUAGAGUGUCGAAAGACCUUAAUGUCCCGUGGCAUCGGGUUGGUGUGAAGGAGUUCGAGAUUUGGGAGAAGAAGGGGUUUAGGAAGGCGAAGAGGGGGGAGUUUGCGUAUGCUAAUGCUACGAUGGAAGAGAAGGAGCGGAUUUCGAGGUUAGGUGAGGGUCGCUAUUUGAGGAAGUAG